CUUUUGCUUCACUCCUACUCAAGUUAGUAGACCAAACAGUUAAAAUCAAGUGCCAAAUGCACCUGCCCUGUCCCCACAGUGCAGUCAUAUGAUUCCCUCCCUGACUAUAUGUUCUCUGCAACUGCAUGCACUGCUACUACUAAAAAUAGCUGCAGCAUCUCACUCUGCUGCAAUCUGCAACAAGCUUUGCUGCCGGCCUGCAUGCACGUAGGUACUUCAUGGUCCAGGUACCAGCGAUGAAGCGGGUGAAGGGGCGGGCCCCGCUGUCAGUGGUGGUGGCGAUCAUCGGCGGCCUGGCUCUGGCGGGCAUCAUCUUCACCGAGGACGUCCGCUCACUCACUGAUAUCAUGGAGAAGAAGAAGGGUAAGGAGAAGGGGAGGACGUCUCUACCAGCCGUGACGAGGUCGACGUUGACGCGACCGGGCGAGAAGGUGACGCCGCCGCCGGCGAAGAUGGCGUUCGACCCGAGCAGGUGCAGCGUGACGGAGGGGUACUGGGCGUACAACAGGUCCAAGAAGCUGCCUUACACGGACCAGACGUGCCCGUACAUCGACAGGCAGGACUCCUGCCAGAGGAACGGCAGGCCGGACAGUGACUACCUGUACUGGGAUUGGCACCUCGACGACUGCAGUCUCCCAAGAUUUGACCCUGUGGCCGUGCUGGAGAAGCUGCGGGGGAAGCGGAUGAUGUUCGUGGGUGACUCGCUGCUGCUGGGCCAGUGGCUCUCCUUCGUCUGCCUCGUCAACUCCGUCGUGCCCCACACAUCCAGGUCCAUGGAGCGCAGCCGCACCCUCUCCGUCUACACCGCCAAGGACUACAACGCGACAAUCGAGUUCUACUGGGAGCCGUUCCUGGUGGAGUCCAACUCGGACCGCAACAUUCGGCUGGGGGCCGACGGCCGGGUCCUGCACGUCGAUGCCAUCGAGGCGCACGCCAGGCACUGGAAGGGCGCCGACAUCCUCAUUUUUGACAGCUACGUCUGGUGGAUGACCGGCAGUAGGAUCAAGACAGUGUGGGGCUCGUUCGGGGACGACGGGUACGAGGAGCUGGACGCCUGGGUCGCGUUCCGCCUGGGCCUCAAGACAUGGGCCAACUGGGUCGACUCCAACAUCGAUUCUAAUGCCACCAGGGUCUUCUUCAUGUCCAUCUCCACCACGCACAUGAGGAGCGAAGAUUGGGGCAGGGAGGGCGGCAUCCGGUGCUACAACGAGACGUGGCCGAUCAUGCGGAAGGGGUACUGGGGUAGCGGCUCGGACCGGCGGAUGAUGGAGGUGAUGUCCAGUGUGCUGGGCCGGAUGAAGGUCCCCGUGACGCUGCUCAACAUCACGCAGCUCACGGAGCACCGCGUCGAUGCCCACGUCUCCGUGUACACCGAGACCGGCGGCGAGCUGCUCACCGACGUGCAGAGGGCCGACCCGUGGACGUACACGGAUUGCAUCCACUGGUGUGUGCCCGGUGUGCCGGACACCUUCAACCAAAUCCUCUACGUGCAUUUGUGA